CGCCAGUAUGAGAAGCGAUUGUCAAGUCAAAAAGCAAAGUUGGAGUGAAAAGAUGACUGCCUCCUCGUCGGUCGUUUCUUCGUCGCGAGAAAUUUUGUUCUGAAGUUGGCAAAUAUUCGGUGCCAAACGAGUGUAGAGGUAUUCCGUGCUCUUAAACAACUGUCCGUCGCGGAGACCACCGAUCGUUCAGUGCCGCAGAACGUUGUGGAAACCUGAAAACUACAAGAGAUGUUCGAAGGCGACUUGCGUCCGGAGCACAAUGAAGGCCAGUUUUGUCGGCUGUGCUUUAAUAAAUCUGAUGAUUUAUGCCCGCUGUUUCCACCAGCCAGCAUUCCGAACAAGGCUCUGCUCCACAAGAUAUUCGACUGUACCACCGUAACGCUAAGUUUUCGGGAUGAUCAUAAUGCGAAAAUAUGCUCCAGCUGUAUCGUCAACAUCGAAGCCUUCUUCAAGUACAAAAUCAAAUGUGUGGAAAACGACAAAUUGUUAAGAAAACGUCGAACAAACUUUUUUUCCGGGCUUGGCCUAACUGCAGAACCAGCUGCCGUGCGUCCUAUUGGCGUGCUAAACAGUGUGAGGAAAACACUUGAUAAACAGUUGGAACAAGAAACGGACAAUAAACCAGAAUCAAAAGAAAAUUGUCAGGUUAAACAAGAGAUCGUUGAGGAAGAUGAUGACGAUGGAUACUUUAAUCCCGACCAAUUCCUCGCCCAAGAAACGCAAAUUGGCGAAAAGCAGCUAGAUCAAUCCUCAUUGAAUGGAAGUAAUAAUGAGCAGAGCAGCUUCGAAACUAGCAAUGCUAUUUUUGAACGGGGCUGGAAAACAACAGAGUUUUCCCCCCAACCAGGCAUUUCCGGACUGAAGCCACUGAAGAUCACUGACUAUUCGAAUUUGACCGGUAAGCGUGGACGGCCUCAGAAAUUCAUCACUACAGUCCCUACGGAAAGGCUUCUCGCACGACCAAGCCAAUACCCCAAUCCAUUCCAUACGUCAUCUCCGAUACCGCAGCCGAAAGGAUUCGAAAGUGCCUACCGGCAGCAUCUAAGCUUGAGCAAUGGCGUGCGGAUGCCAGUCUCUCAAUCGGUAUCCCUAGGCGCACGAUUUGAACCGUACUCCACAAAUGUCUUGGAGCAGACGAGGAAAGUACAAAAGUUCCUCGAUGAUGGACUGCGAGAUCUAAUCAUGAACGCAGGGACGCCUAAUCCAAAUUUUUCCAUUGACGGCGGUUAUACUAAUUUUAAAGUUGUCAAGGCACGCUGCAAUUCGUAUAAUCUCAUCUUCGAAGCGAAUCGUUUCCUGCGGCGCAACAAAUCCUGCAGUGGCUUGCCCAAAUGGUACUGGGCAUGUAGUAUUAACGGGUGUCCAGUCAAAAUCUGCAGCUAUAAAGGACGCCUCUAUAAAACUAAUGACAAAAUCAAUCACAUUCAUCCUCCCACCGAAAAGGACGACUCGCAGCACGAGGUAAUUUUGCCACACCAAAUGCAGGAGCUGUUGACACAGAGCCCACAACAGCAGCCGCAGGUGGCAUCCACUGGGCAAAUCCAACCCCAGCCAGAGCAGCUCACAAGAAAAACUGUUGAUGAUUCUUCGGCAUCUGUAGCGGAAGGAAAUUCUUCCAGUCCCUCUUUGGAUGAAGAAUCAAUAGAGGAAACAGGAGCAUACACGACCUUGAAGGAAGAAGAUGGUUCACAGAGUCUACUCUAUAAAGAGCACAAAUUUAAACUGCUAAAAAUAGAAAACGAUGGUAUCAAGAUUUGGAAAUGUACUGUCUCCAAAGAGGAUGAUGGACUGUGCAGUGAUAUUAUACGCCAAUUAACCGAUGGAAGGAUUAAGGUACAAAGAAGAGUUAAGAAGGAAGAUUUAAGCGAAGAUGAAGAUACGGCUAAUGACGAUGAGGCUGAAGGAGGGAGACGAAAAAGUCGUCCUCCAAAAGUGGCGGUCUAUGACAAUUAUCAUUACAAGUAUUGUCAUGCUAGACCCGAGGGUACCUUAUAUUGGAGAUGUGUUAUGAAACAAGACAACAACUGCUUAGCUUCGUUGCACACGAAGUCAACAUUUGAAUUCCUUAAUUUCAAUGAUCAAGCACAUAAUCACGAUCCGCCGGAUCCAUUGGUGCAGUUGGAGAACGCAAUAAUAUGCAUGAUUACACCUUCGCAGAAACCUCCAACAACGCCUCCCAUGGGCUCAACGGACUUUCAACUUGUUAAAAGUGGCCAAAAGAGGGAAUUUCUUAUUUAUCAAGGGUAUCGCUACUACUUCCAGUAUGAAUCCAAAAACGGCAAACGCUCCUACAGAUGUACAAUGUUUCGUAAUUGUCCUGCAGGUGCGUUCCUGAUGCCGGACAACACUAUUGCAGAGGCUAAAAACUUCGUCCACACUCAUCCUCCGACGGAGAAUUUGGAAAAGUAUGUCACAAAAGACAGUCUGAUAACGAGUCCUAUAAAGAAUGCCGACGGUCAACCAGCUAGGCAACAAAGAACCGUAGCUGAGAGCGGUCAAUUUCCGAUGCUGAACGAGUCGGUUGUAAGCGCAAGCAGCAAUGAAGAAGUCGCUCGUGCAAAUGGUUAUAAAAUCAUAAAAAAUUAUAAAAACAAAGAGAUUCUUAUUUACACCGGAUGGCGAUACUUCGUGGAUUACAAGAAGAAAAAUGGUGGCCAAGUAUGGCGCUGUUCCUCUCAUAGGCUUUGUCGUGGUGCCGUACAUCUAUUCCCGGACGGUUCGAUCAACUUUGCCAAGCUGGUUGACCAUAACCAUAUGCCUCCUAGACGAAGUUUCAGCAGCUCACUGGAUUCUAGUGGGAUGAGGCCAAAUGACAACCCAAAUAACGUAUACACGAGUGGUGUAUUGCCUGAUGUGUCGUCAACUGCAUACACUCCACCGUACCAUCGAUAUAUAACACACCACGGGCAUCGAUUUCGCUUUGCGACACGUAAACGCGAAGGCACCAUUUAUUGGCGCUGUGCAAUGAGGCUAGAUACCAAGUGUCCCGUUUCCUUCCACACGAAAGAGGACACUUAUGAGUUGGUGAGCAUGAGAAAUCAUGAACACAAUCACGAAAUACCCGCUGUUUGGCCGGAAGUUGCCGGAGGUCAGAUCACCGAGGAACUUCCCACGGUUAAAAUGCCUCAGGAGGAAAUUGGAACAUCGGACUAUAUUUUAACAAAAAACUCAAAGGGUCGAGAUGUGAUCCUCUACCAGAACAGUCGGUUCUAUUUGGACUACUCAAGGAAGGACGGCAAAAUCGUCUUCCGAUGUUCUUCUGUGGCAGGUUGUCGCGCCACCGUUUUCCUUCUACCAAACAAAACCCUGCUCGUUAGCCGUGAUCUAGUGCACACUCAUGGGACGACGUCAAUAAUGGGCGGAUUGAUGAAUCACUCUCUCUCAAUGAUGGACCAGGACGGAGACAACAAAUCGGACGAUGAGAUUCAAAUUGUACCGCCUCCUGAUCCUUUGAGCAUUGACGGGAACAAUUCGAUCGAUCCCGCUUCCUCAUCGUCAUCCUUACAGUUGCCUAAAUUUAUCGUUCAUCAUGGAUACCAUUAUAAAUUCGUUUCGAAGAAUGUCGAAGAUCGUACGGCAUUUUGGCGCUGUUCAAACUACGAAGCCAAAAUGAACUGUCAGGCAUCCAUCUUUACUACUCUGGCCGGAGAGGUGAUACGAACCAACAAUAUGAUGCACAACCACAAGGCAGAGGACUACAACAGUGCUUCGGCGAACAAUAGUCUGGCCAAACGGAAAGCACUCAUCGGUUCGCGUGAUUACAAAAUUGUGAAAAACUGGAAAAAUCGCGAUGUGCUUGUGUUCCAGCAGUGUCGGUAUUUCCUGCAUUAUGUGCGAAAAGAUGGGAGAAAAGUGUGGCGAUGUUCGGCAAUCCGAAGUUGUCAUGCCGCGGUUUACUUGGGAGCAGACGGUCGGGUUGAUCAGGUCAAAGGUGAGCAUGUGCACGAUAUAAGACAGGAAGGGGAACCAAGGAGGAGACGAGCGAGGAGAUCUCGUCUAGAGAUUAUGGAGCACGAUGGACACAGCGGAAAUGGAAAUGGAAACGGGAACGGGAACGGGAACAUUCAUCCUGGAAAUGGAAACGAAUGGAUCGAUUACAGUGACUACGGAAUGCAGAUGAACAGCAGUAGUAAUGACAACAAUUCCUUGUGGGAUAACUUUAACCCACAUCAGAUGGCUGCGGGAAUAGUUGGUGAUAGUGGAGAAAAUUUUGAUUUUAGUUAUCAUUCUGUGUUUGGUAAUCAACCUAGUUUUGGGGGAGAUUUUGGAUUGCUCGGGGAUGGAACAGAUGCGACCGGUUUGGAAGAUGAUGAUGAGGGUCUUCCAUUGGAACCGGAUGUUAGCUUCCACGAAAACGAGAAUUAUGAAGCAGUGGUACAGAUGGAAGAUAAUGAGUAAUUAUUAUUUUAUUUUUUAUUAGUAAUUAUUACUAUUUUUAAAUGAGAAAAUAUUUAACCUUUUUUAGCAAAAUAGAGUUAGGUUAUAAGCGUGUCGCCACGCGAGCAUACCUGAGAAAAAGUUGUUUAUUUCGGCGAAAAUUUUCCUAUUAAUUAGUACUGUUGAAAACAUACAAAUUUAUGUUCAGAGAAAGCGAAAGUAUUCAUUUUAGGAAUGUCCCUUGUUAAGACAGUUUAUAAACCAUUGUGAGAUACGCGAGAAUAAAGUGAAGUAACUUCCUUUAGUUUAUCAUUCAUUGCAACGCAAGUGCAUAUAACCAGCAAACAAAGAUAACAAUAUCUCAUUUCUUAUAUGGCAGAGAAAGAGAGCUAGAAAAUAAUAUUCCUAUAAAUGACUUUAGUUAAAUAUUCGACUCAUAUAUUAUUUUUUUCAAAAAAAAAAACAAAACGUAAAUGAACUAACACACACACACACACCCACACACGGAAAAAGAUGAAUCGCAAUUUUACAUGGCCCAUUUGCACAUUUAAAUACUACAUUAUUCAUAUGAUGCAAAUAUAUUAAUGAAAUUAUAUAUGAUAUUUAUUAUUAUUUA